CCUCGGCUCCAGCCGGCGCAGGCAGCCGCCGCGGCAGCAAGCUGGCUGCGGCCCCGGGAGGCCAUGAAGGUGAAGAAGGGCGGCGGCGGCGGCGGGCCCGGGACGGGGGUGGAGCCCGCUCCAGGGGCCUCGGGCCGGAGCGUGGAGACCAAGACGGAGCUGCAGGCGGAAUCCGAAUCCGGGUCCGAGUCGGAGCCGGAGGCAGGCCCGGGGCCCAGGCCGGGGCCGCUGCAGAGGAAGCAGCAGAUCGGGCCGGAGGACGUGCUGGGGCUGCAGCGGAUCACGGGCGACUACCUGUGCUCCCCUGAGGAGAAUAUCUACAAGAUUGACUUCGUCAGGUUCAAGAUUCGGGACAUGGAUUCAGGCACUGUUCUCUUUGAAAUCAAGAAGCCCCCAGCCUCAGAGCGGUUGCCCAUCAACCCACGGGACCUGGACCCCAAUGCUGGGCGCUUUGUCCGCUACCAGUUCACGCCUGCCUUCCUCCGCCUGAGGCAGGUGGGAGCCACCGUGGAGUUCACAGUGGGAGACAAGCCUGUCAACAACUUCCGCAUGAUUGAGAGGCACUACUUCCGCAACCAGCUGCUCAAAAGCUUUGACUUCCACUUUGGCUUCUGCAUCCCCAGCAGCAAGAACACCUGCGAGCACAUCUAUGAUUUCCCCCCUCUCUCUGAGGAGCUGAUCAACGAGAUGAUUCGUCACCCAUAUGAAACACAGUCUGACAGCUUCUACUUCGUGGAUGACCGGCUGGUGAUGCACAACAAAGCAGACUAUUCCUACAGCGGGACGCCCUGACCCCCAAACCAGCCCCUACCCCAGGAGGGUCCUGGGCCCGCAGCCGUGACCACCCCAGCACUCACCUGUCAGCCCCAGGUCUUCUGCCUGGGCAGUGCUCCAGAAGCCCUGAACCCUUAGUCAGUGUUGGGAGGGCGGGUGCCUGAUGUCCCCCGUCCAAGUCUGUGCAGCCCAUGGGGCCUGGCACGUGGGGUGGGGUGGUGGGGGCUGUUUGCCUCCAUAGCCAGGAAGACCUCCCGUGGGAGGAGUAGCCAGUACUUGCGGACAGCCGAGCUGGGCCUCUUGGGCCCAAGUUUCAGAAUAGUAUUCCCCUAUCCAGGCUUUGAGUAGGUCGGGGCAGGGACCCAUUUCCUGUCCCCUGCCCACCACUGACAGGCCAUUUAGAGUUGUAAAUUCACAGAGGAAGGUCCUUGUGGGGUCUGGCAGUCAAGCUUCCCAAGGGGGUCUGGGCCCUGACCACAGCCCCGGCCUCUACCAUCAGGGGCUGAGAUCCUGCCUGAGGUGUGGGAGGGACCUGCCCAGAUUGCAGCCUGGGGUAGGGGUUGGACCAACUGUAUAUAGUUUUCAAUAAACUCUUUCUCCUUUUCUGUUC